AUGGUUGGCACAGGAGAGGGCAGGGGAUACAUCGAGGUGUGUGACGGUCUUGGAGUCAAAGGCUUCAAAGUCAGCCACGGCAACUGCAUGAAGGAGCCACAACCGACUCGCUCUCAGCGUGGAUCGCUGGGCAGCAUCUCGGAGCCGGAUUACUCUGCUUUUAAGGGAUCGGAUUACCGGAAUCUGCCAAUACCACAUGUCUUUGGGACACCGGGCGAACAAACUCCAGGCCACAACUAUUAUUCUCCUGGCCCACAUGGAAGGAGUUUUACCAGUGACCCGACACCACAACACUCGGUAGUGGAUAGCACUGCCUUCUUCAUCCGAGACUACGAGACGUCCAAGGAGGUGUUGAUUUUUGGCGACGUCGAACCAGACAGCAUAUCGCGUGUCCCACGCUUGGCCAAUAUAUGGGCAGAAGCAGCACCAAAGAUAGCCGAGGGAAUACUNGGGGGCAUCUUCAUCGAAUGUUCAUACGAUGACAGUCAACCAGAUGCUGUACUGUUCGGACACCUUGCACCGCGGCAUGUUGUUGCUGAGAUGAAGACGCUUGCGCAGAUGGUCAAGGACGAGAAGGCUGCCAGAGCUUUGGAUAGAGCCCAACGGAAACGAAAGCGAAGCUCGAACGGGCUGAACAUAACGAUGGACGACAUAGCCGACAAUAAGAAACGGACCAAGAGCGUCAUCACCAGAUCGUCUAGCAUGCAACCUCGACGCGGCAGUCUUCCUUUGAUGGUGCCCGAAGAAGAAUCACAAGCCAACACGCCUGAGUAUACGGGCACGGAGAGAAAUACACCUGUGCCCGUAGAUGCACCACUGCAAGGCGUCAAGGUGGUCAUCAUCCACAUCAAGGACACGAUGGAAGACGGGCCACAUGUAGGUGAACGCAUACUGAUGCAGCUCAACGAGCACGCUGAUGCUCUGAGCCUCGAAGGAUUCGGCAGGCUCGGCUGUGAGUUUGUCAUUAGCAAGAGCGGAGAAGACUAUCAUUUCUAG